UGAUCUCCAGGAGAGUAAGCCUGUGGUGGACCUGCUGAGGUACAUUUGAUGUUAUGUUGGAGGUGUUUCCCCAAGAUCUCUACUGCUGUUUCAGGUAGGAACAAACAGCGACAGUGACGUUCUGCACAUGCGCCACGCUAGCAAGCACAUGCAGGGUUUGGACACACCUGGUGAUGCCCAGUAGGUAGAAAGAGGCGGGGCUUUUCGAGACGCCGCCGCCCGGAGCCUCGCAAUAAACCCGGAAAUAGUUCGCUUCUCAACUAAAUACAAACGUCAAAAUCUGUUAAUUACACGGACAUUGCUAACACAAUCCCAUCUGAGCGAGAUUUGCAGAAAAAUCAUUCUGUUCUGUUGAUUAGCGUCGGACGCACAGCAGCAGUAGCCUCUUGCUGAGCAGAACCGAACCAUUGGUCGACAACCUUUCAGGAUGACAGGUUAAGCUCAACAUUUAAGGCUUAGUGUGGUGUCCACCCGAGAGCUGCAGCUUCCACGAAGGCUUCUUUUCCUACUACCAUCUUGGUUCCUCAGGUUGCGCCAUGGCAAUGUGGAUUCAGGCCCAACAGUUGCAGGGCAAUGCAUUGCAUCAGAUGCAGGCACUGUAUGGCCAGCAUUUCCCCAUAGAGGUGCGACACUACCUGGCCCAGUGGAUUGAAAGCCAGCCUUGGGACUCUGUGGAUUUGGAUAACACAGGAGAAGAGGCUAAAGCCAAGUGUCUGCUUGACAGCCUGGUGACAGAGCUGCAGAGAAAAGCCCAGCUUCAGGGAGGCGAAGAUGGUUUUCUUCUCAAGAUCAAGCUGGGGCAUUAUGCCGACCAGUUCAAGAGCACUUAUGACCGCUGUCCUUUCGAGUUGGUGCGCUGCAUUAAACACAUCCUCCAAUCAGAGCAGAGACUGGUUCAAGAAGCAACAAAUGCAAGCUCAGGGAGCGGGGCGCAGGCCAUGGACACGCUGUCUCAACGGCAUCAGCAGAUCAACCAAGCCUUUGAAGAACUUCGCCUGGCGACGCAGGAAACUGAGAAUGAGCUCAGAAAGCUGCAGCACAACCAAGAAUACUUCAUCAUUCAGUACCAGGAAAAUCUGCGAAUCCAAGCCCAGCUAACCAGCUUGUCUUCGGUGCCAGCAGCAGAGCGCACACAGAGGGAAGCUACCCUGCAGAGCAAGAGGGCCACUGUGGAGGCUUGGCUCGCCAGAGAGGCCAGCACCCUACAGAAAUACCGGCUUGACCUGGCAGAACAGCACCAGAAGACUCUUGGUUUACUAAGGAAGCAGCAGACCCUGAUCCUGGAUGAAGAACUUAUUCAGUGGAAAAGGAGACAGCAGCUGGCAGGCAAUGGUGGUCCUCAUGAGGGGGGUCUGGACGUUCUGCAGUCUUGGUGUGAGAAGCUGGCUGACCUGAUUUGGCAGAACAGACAGCAAAUUCGGCGCUGUGAACAUCUUACCCAGCAACUUCCUCUGCCUGGCUCAAUAGAAGAACUGCUGAACAAACUCAACUCUGACAUUACUGACAUCAUCUCUGCCCUGGUCACCAGCACCUUCAUCAUUGAAAAACAGCCGCCUCAGGUGUUAAAGACCCAAACAAAAUUUGCAGCUACAGUCCGUCUUCUUGUGGGUGGGAAGCUCAACGUCCACAUGAACCCACCGCAGGUGAAGGCUGUCAUUGUUGGUGAGCAGCAAGCCAAAGCUUUGCUGAAGAAUGAAAGUACACACAGUGAAAGCAGUGGAGAGAUCCUUAACAACAACUGUGUAAUGGAGUACCACCAGGCCACGUGCACCCUGAGUGCCCACUUCAGGAACAUGUCACUGAAGCGAAUUAAACGUUCAGAUCGUCGGGGCGCAGAAUCUGUGACAGAGGAGAAGUUUACCAUUCUGUUUGAGUCGCAGUUCAGCAUUGGGGGAAACGAGCUAGUCUUUCAUGUCAAGACGCUGUCUUUACCUGUGGUUGUGAUUGUCCAUGGCAGUCAGGACAAUAACGCCACGGCAACAGUCCUGUGGGACAACGCCUUCGCUGAGCCGGGAAGGGUACCAUUCCUUGUACCUGACAAAGUGCUGUGGACUCAGCUAUGUGAAGCCCUGGACAUGAAGUACAAGGCGGAGAUGCACAGUGGACGUGGUCUGACAGAAGAUAACUUGGUCUUCCUGGCGCAGAAGGCCUUUUCAAGCAGCAGUAAUAACCCUGAGGAUUUCCGUAACAUGACUAUUUCCUGGGCCCAGUUCAACCGGGAAAACUUACCUGGACGCAACUUCACCUUUUGGCAGUGGUUUGAUGGAGUGGUAGAGCUCAUGAAGAAACACCUGAAGCCUCACUGGAAUGAUGGGGCCAUUCUUGGAUUUGUGAACAAGCAGCAGGCUCAAGACAUGCUGUUGUCUAAACCAAAUGGGACCUUCCUGCUCCGCUUCAGCGACUCUGAAAUCGGAGGCAUCACUAUUGCCUGGGUGGCUGAAAAUCCCAACAAACAAGGUGAAAGACUGGUCUGGAAUCUGCUGCCAUACACAACAAAGGACUUCUCAAUUCGCUCCCUGGCUGACCGCAUAAGUGACUUGAACCAUCUUCUGUUUCUUUACCCCGACCGCGCCAAAGACGAGGUCUUCGCCAAGUACUAUACCCCUCCACUCUCAAAACCAGUGGAUGGAUAUGUUAAACCACAAAUCAAACAAGUUGUACCAGAAUUCACCACCCCAAACCCUGAACCAUCCACAGGAGUUACAUUUAUGGACCAGACAGCUUCUUCCUCUACCACUCAUUCCAACAGCUUUGGUGUCUAUUCUUCCAUUAGUGACAACAUGCUGGAUCCAGAUGGAGAGUUUGACUUGGAGGACCCUAUGGAUGUUGCUCGUCAUGUAGAGGAAUUGCUUCGCAGGCCUAUGGCCAACCAGUGGAGCAGUCAGCAGUCUUGAACCGGACACGUGAACCCUCUGCACACCUUUGUGUUUUAUUGUUUGGUUAUUUUUUUAACACUCACUCCCAGAACCCCUAAUAGGCAAUAACAGAGAUGAGUCAGCUUGUUCAACAUCUCUAUCCAAUUUACAGUUUGGUUUUGACUGUUGUGCUUGUCUGUAUGAAGAGACGGUAGAAAGGUCUAUUGUCUAGAGAGUACAUCUAACAUAUAGUUAUUGUUACUUGCAAAGGACAAGUCUGAUAUCCUUUCCAGAUCACCGCAUACAGGUAGUUUUGAUAAAAGCUCUACAGGACGUUCAGCAAGAAAAGCUUUUCUUGGGGAGAAUCUCUACAAAUCAUUGCAUAGUAAUCUGUUAUCUUGUGUGAAUAAGUACUGACAAAUUUUAUCUUUUUUUCUAUUACCAAGUAAAUCUGUCACCGAUAUAUUGACUGCAAACCUUAAAAGACAAGAAAUGAAACUUCAAGGGAGACUAUGUAACUUUUGCUAAACACCAGGCACUUUCAACACAAAUGGUACUUACUAAAUACAUUUAGUUUAAAAUAUGCUCUAUCAUUUGUUGAUAGUAAUUACAACUCUAAAGAACGAGCAAAACAGCACAUUUGUUGCUAUAUUCUUAGUUUAUAUGUAACUUCAGCUUAAAGGGUGGCUAAAACCAGUCAUAAAUCAAAAAUAAUUAAAAUGGGUGUUGCACCCUGUCCAAACAAAGCAGCUUUGCAGAAUACAAAAAACAGGUCGUAUUUUAUUUAUUUAAGAAAAAAAACUACUUUUACAUCAUAUUGACUAUAUCAUAUUUCAGAUAAACAAAGUAGAAACAAAAUACUUUGGGUUAAUUUUUCCUUUGCCAAUUCAGUGUCUCCACUCUUUGGCACCAGACUCUGUCCUUCAAUAUUUCUAAACUCACCCCCACAGAGCAGGGUUCAUUAGAGACUUCCUCCAGAAUCUGGGAGUGGAGAGGCUGGAAUGCCCUGCCUGGAGUUCUGACCUCAACCCACUGAAAACUUUUGGGAUCAGCUUUGGGAGUAAUGUUUUUGUUCCAGAGUGAUCAACACGACCUCGCUGCCUCACCUGAGCCACAUGCUGGUGAAGGAAUGGGACCCCAUCCCACAACCAUGUCGAACCAAGCUUGUGACCACCAUGAGGAUGAGGUGUCAGGCUGAUCUGGGUUAUGUGUGGUUCUCCCACACACUAUAGAGCCCGUCACUGACGAGAGUUAGUGACAGAAUAAGAUGUUUGGCAGAAAGGAUUUAACUGUUUCUUCACUUGUGGAAUCAACAUACUCAACUCUGCAGUUCAACCCACAAAUAUAUUUUCCUUUCGGAUGUGACUCCAUUUUUUUUUUUUUUACAUUUUACUUUUUAUUGCCGGAUGUGACUCCAUUGAAAGAGAAAUGAACAGGCUGUCCAACACUAAAAGGUUAAUUGGCAAGAGGCGUUGUGACGACAAAGCCACAACCGAUUACCAGUUGCUACACUGUGCAGGGAACAGGGACUGCUGACAGAAAUAACAUUUAAAUACUAAAAAAUAUUUCAAUUCUGCAUUCACACAGAUUAGGUACAUACAUGUUUUGUAAGAGUUGGAUUUAAUAUAAGUAGCCUUUUCCACUGAUGAGCUCUGAAUGCAUGUUUUGUACUAAACCCUGCAGAGAUGAAAUAGAAGCGUGAUGAGAUGGGAACUGAUAGCUCUCAUCCUCUCACGUUGUUCUCAGCCCCAGCUGUGUUGCUACAGCGUCAAAAACACCAGUAAAAUCAAAUCCUAUAAUGGUAAA